CAACGCUGGUCUGACUCUUUCCUUCACUUCCCGCCCCACCGUCUCCCGCGUCAUUGUCUCCUAGCCCUAAUCUACUCCGAGCAGUUCAAUACAGCGCCUGAAACCCGAAUUACUGAGAAUAUGGAUGAUGUCGACAGCGAAGUAGCUCAGUGGAGGUUCUCGGCAAGCAACGCUGUUGUUAACGCACCGAGCACGUCAAUCCGCUCGGCCUUGCACGCGGUAAUGGCGAAUCUCGACGAAAAUGAUGAGAGGCCUGUGGCUUCACUCGGCUUUGGCGAUCCCUCCGUUUUCCCCAGCUUCAGGACAACUCCCGUCGCGGAGGAUGCGAUUGUUUCGGCGCUGAGGUCGGCUAAGUUCAAUUGUUACGCCCCUGCCGCCGGUAUUCCUACAGCCAGAUGUGCUAUUGUUGAAUACCUCUCUGGAGAUCUACCAUACAAGCUGUCACCAGACGAUGUUUUUCUUACCAGUGGUUGCACCCAAGCAAUUGAGAUUGUUGUCUCUGUUCUUUCUCAGCCUGGUGCAAAUAUCUUGCUACCCAGGCCUGGUUUCUCAGUAUAUGAGGAACAAUGUGCAUCUUCUGGACUGGAUGUUAGGCAUUUCAACUUGGUUUCAGAUAGAGAAUGGGAGAUUGACCUAGACAUGGUUGAGUCUCUUGCUGAUGAUAAGACAGUUGCUAUGGUUGUCAUCAACCCUUGCAAUCCUUGUGGGAACGUCCUAAGCUAUCAACAUUUGUCCAAGGUAGCUGAAACCGCCAAGAAGCUUGGUAUAAUGGUCAUUGCAGAUGAGGUAUACGGUCAUUUGACCUUUGGAAAGAAUCCAUUUGUGCCAAUGGGAGCUUUUGGGCAGACUGUCCCUGUUCUGACUCUUGGAUCUUUAUCAAAAAGAUGGUUGGUGCCUGGUUGGAGAUUGGGUUGGAUAGCUGCAACUGAUCCUAACGGUAUUCUGAAAAAUACGAAGGGAGCAGUUCCUGAAAUUCUCAAGAAUACAAAGGAUGAUUUCUUUAAGAAGACGAUAGAAACAUUGAGGAAAUUGGCAGAUCUAUGCUAUACCAAGCUACAGGAAAUUGACUGCAUCGAAUGCCCCCAUAAACCAGAAGGGUCCAUGUUUGCGAUGGUAAAGUUGGAUAUAUCUUAUUUGGAUGACAUUCAAGAUGAUUUUGAGUUCUGUUGCAAGUUGGUCAAAGAGGAAUCAGUAGUAAUCCUUCCAGGAGUAGCGGUGGGCAUGAAGAAUUGGCUUCGCAUCACUUUUGCAAUCGAGUCAUCUACUCUGGAUGAUGCUCUUGACAGGCUGAAAUCCUUCUGCAAGAGGCAUCAGAAGCAAACAAAUUGAAUCUCGGAUGAUUCUUAUUCAUCUCUAUUUAAAAGCUCAACCAUAGUCGUAAGCCUUUGCAAGUAAGGUGAAUAAUAUCAAUUACUCAUUGUGCAUAAGAUAUCUGAUGUAGUGGAUCGGUGAAAGAAGGAAGCUGCUAGAACCAAAAUUAGAGAACAGCUGGAUAACUCAAAUGGGAAUGUAUAUUUCUCUCUCUCUCUUAGAUUGGGCAUAGGAUAUCUGAUGUAGUGGAUCGGUGGAAGGAAGGAGUUGCUAGAAUCAAAAUCAGAGAACAGCCAGAUAACUCAAAUGGGAAUGUAGAUUUCUCUCUCUCUCUCUCUCUUAAGAUUGGGCAUAGGAUAUCUGAUGUAGUGGAUCAGUGGAAGAAGGGUACUGUUAGAACCAAAAUCAGAGAACAUCCAAAUAACUCAAAUGGGAAUGUAUAUUUCUCUCUCUCUCUUGCAUUGGGCAUAGGAUAUAUGAUGUAGCGGAUCGAUGGAAGAAGGGAGCUGCUAGAAUCAAAAUCAGAGAACAGCCGGAUAACUCAAAUGGGAAUGUAUUUUUUUUUCUCUCUCUCUCUCUUAACCAUCUAAUGACUAUAUAUAUAGGACUAUAACAGAGAAAAAGGUAACACUAUGCAGAAGAUAAGAACAUAAAUGACAGUAAAGGUAAGUUGUUCCCUGAGGCAUAAUAUAUGUAUGAUGCACCGCAUCAAUAUCACUUCCUGUUCUAUUUUCGUUUUCACUAAUGCAGCUGUCAUCUGUUGCUUUUGUAUCAUCAUCCUUCAAAGAAUGUUGAAGUAUGGUAUUAUCUGGUGAUCUGUAAUUUGACUAUUA